UGAAUAAAACCCACAAAAUCCAAUCCAGUAGCCUAGUUUUCCUGUUAACCUCCUAUCAAAAAGUACAGGGUGCAUUUCGGGUCUUUCCUAUGUAUGCUUAGCUUACCUUAGAUUACCUCUCGACGGACAACGGACGAAACAGAUCCAGAUGCGUAAAUGGAGGCGGGGAUUUUAAGAGAGUGCCUGGCAACCCCCAGCACACAAUAAACCACCGAGUCUUUUGGAGGAGACGUGGAAGAAAUGUUUUUUGCUGGCUGGUAAAGUAUAGCAUUUGAACAACUAUAAUGAUAUGUCUUCGUAAUUCGUAAAUGAGGGUGUAUGUAAUCGGAAGAGAACACAUUUAUUACAAAAUCUUGCCAGCUAGCUAGUCGACUAAGAAAUUUACGGUUAUAGGCAAACGCAAUCUCACUCGCGUCUUUUCGUGUAACUUAGUUGGCUGCCGGUUAGCAAGCUAGUUGGCCAUAUUUUAAUGAAUCACUCUAUGAAGCUACACAACAAAUCAGCAACUUAUGCUGGCCUGUCUCUUCCCCUUUCUUCUUACUUAUUUGCUCUUCAGGAAAAUAUGACUUAAAACUUACCCCUGUGGGGCCCUGUAUGGAUUUGUGCUGGCUACAGCAAGCUAUAAACUAAAAUAUAUUGAGCAACUUGACCUGUUCUUUAACUGCUGACUAGUGGCUUAUUAUCAGAGAUGUUGAGCGUGUGUGUGGAUUAUGAGAGUUCCCUGUGGGCCUUUUGAAAAAAACGGGGAGGUAGGACUAGUAAGGGUUGCUGCUGGGUCCUUUUAUGAUAAAAGUAGAUCACCAUCUGUGUAUAAGACAAAACCCUGGACUACUACAGCUGCCUUUAUGCAAGCUGACAUGGUGCCCAAGAGUCCUGACUCAGAAGCCAUGCGAGUGAUGCACAUGGCAGUAGUGCCCACUAAAGAUCCAAGCAGCAGCAGCAGCAGGAGGAUUGGAGAGAGGGAGGUGGAGGUUUUGGAACCGGGGGCCAGCGAGCACUCCGUGGAGCACAUCCCAAGGCGCUUGUGGAUCAUGCAUGGAGCAGUCAUGUUUGGCCGUGAGUUUUGCUAUGCCAUGGAAACAGCACUGGUCACACCGGUGCUACUCCAGAUAGGUCUUCCAGAACAAUACUACAGUCUUACGUGGUUCCUUAGUCCCAUUUUGGGUUUAACCUUCACCCCUCUGAUUGGCUCAGCCAGUGACCGCUGCACCCUUAAAUGGGGCCGGAGGAGGCCCUUCAUUUUGGCCCUCUGCUUAGGAACAUUAAUAGGAUUGGCACUGUUUCUUAAUGGAUCGCUAAUGGGCUUGGCUGCAGGGGAUGUUCCUGGUAACCAGCCCAUUGGGAUAGUUCUGACUGUGUUGGGUGUUGUGGUCCUGGACUUUUGUGCCGAUGCUUCUGAAGGCCCCAUCAGGGCCUACCUGCUGGACGUAGCUGAUACGGAAGAACAGGACAUGGCUCUCAAUAUCCAUGCCUUCUCAGCAGGGUUGGGGGGAGCUGUGGGCUACAUGCUUGGAGGCCUAGACUGGACCAACACCCCCUUAGGACACGCCUUCAAGGCCCAAGAGCAGGUUCUCUUCUUCUUUGCAGCCAUCGUCUUUGUAAUUUCAGUCAUGCUUCACCUUUUUAGUAUUAAGGAGCAUCCAUACAACCCCCACUGUCAAGAGGAAGUAGCUGGGGCUGAGGAUGCAGACAGCACGUUGUCUGUUCGUCUUAACGGAACCCUUCCUGGCACUGACCUAACACCUCAACUGGACUUUAUCGGUGAAGAGGGUCCCUUUGAAACAUAUGCGGACAAUCAGUCUGAAGUUGAACUACAACUGGACUUCCUAAAUGUGCGGAGUAAAAGUGACUCCGCUCUUGAAGUAGCAGACACUACCAUUGAAAUCGAUCCAGACCUUCUCAGCGACGUAGAUCCGACAUUGUUCCAGGACUUGAAAGGCUACCAGGGAGUUGAAAUGCCGUUUGAACAUUGCCAUAAUGGCAACUGCCAGACCAGCCAGUGCUCUUUCCACCACCAGAUGGGUCCUAGCAGGGAAGAAGGUCCCUUUUCAUCUACCAAAGCCAUAAACGGUGACCCUGCCGGAGCCGGCAGCCCAACCACUGCCGCUGUUAGCCAGCAAAGCCGAGCAGCCGGGCGCCAGCCCAACGCUGGCACAGCGCUGCGCUGCCGACACCCCACUUUCUACCGGCAGCCUUCCUUUACCUUUUCCUACCACGGCCGUGUCGGUUUCCAUAAGCGUCCUCGCCACCCUGACGUGGAUCCUCCCAUCAAGUCGUCCCGGAGCCUGAACGACAUUGACGUCCUGGCAAGGUUGCAGGCGCGGCGGCGGCUGUGGCAACGUGGCGGAGUGUUGCCCGGGCCCGACGAGGAUGAUGGUAGGAGCGAGGAGGGGGAAGGCGGCACCACUGUGAAGCUUCUCUGGCUGUCCAUGCUGAAGAUGCCCCCGCAGCUCUGGAGACUGUGUUUGUGCCACCUCCUCACGUGGUUCUCCAUCAUCUCACAGGUUGUGUUCUACACUGACUUCAUAGGGCAAGUAAUCUACGAAGGAGACCCAACGGCUCCUGUGAACUCAACUGCUCUUCAGAAGUACCAUAAGGGAGUGCAGAUGGGCUGCUGGGGGCUCGUCAUCUAUGCUGCCACUGCUGCCAUCUGCUCAGCUGUGCUUCAGAAGUACCUUGAAAACUAUGACCUGAGCAUUAAAGUCAUCUACAUGCUGGGAACUCUAGGCUUUGCUGUGGGCACAGCCAUAAUGGCCAUCCUCCCCAAUGUCUAUGUUGCCAUGGUAAUGAUAGGCACUAUGGGAAUCAUCUCUUUGAGUAUAUCCUACUGUCCCUAUGCACUGCUGGGUCAGUACCACGAAAUCAAAGAGUACAUUCACCACAGUCCUGGUAACACUCGAAGAGGCUUUGGUAUUGACUGUGCCAUCCUAUCCUGCCAAGUUUACAUUUCACAGAUUUUGGUGGCAUCGGCUCUCGGAGCCGCUGUGGAAGUCAUGGGCACGGUGAGGGUGAUCCCAGUGGUGGCUUCUGGGGGUUCCUUCCUUGGUUUCUUUGCUGCUGCCUUCCUUGUCAUUUAUCCCAACACCCCUGAGGAUGAGGAAGAUGAAGAAGAACAAACUCCAAGUACAGCACAAUGAAAUGCAAAAUAAAAAAAGGAGCGAUGCAUAAUCUCCAUAUUAUUGGCUAAACCGUAAAUUUCACUUUUAAACAAUGAAGACUUGGAAAAUUAAGUGUACUACAAAGUAAACUCCUAAUUGCACUAAGAAGCAGUGAUAGAACUUGCUUCAUGCAUAUAUGUCUAAACCUCUCCAUGAUGUUUCAGCACAUUACUAACAAACCCAUGCACAAGCCUUUGGUACACAUAGUGUAUAUAUGUUUUUAAAAACCUACAGAAAGCUUCCCAUUUUGGGUUACUUGUUACUUCUGGCAUUGUUUGUCAAGUAUGAGUGCCGUAAAACAUUUUGGUUUUCCAUAGGAUUAUAGUAUUAUCUAAGAUUUUGUUUUCAGUGUGGCUUUAAAGCCUCAUGUGCAGUUUACACAUUUUAUAAUGCUGCAUUUAAAAUACUGUGUUUGUAUUAAACUGGGCAUCGGAGGUCCUAGUUUCAUUAGCAACAAAUGUUUUUUUGCAGCAAAAAAGAGUGCCAUCUUACUUUACUGUGUGAAUUUUCACAUGCACGUUCAAAUAUUGUCUUUCCAAUAUGCUGGAUUGCUAUUAGUUCUUGAACCAGGCACACUGGGGGGACUGUUUUGAGCUGCUGUAGCAGUGCACAACAUGCAUACUUCUCUAAAAACUUGACUAUGCACAAUGCGAAAAACAAAACUAAAAUCAACUCACUAAGGGAACUGUAACAGUCACCUCCCCCACUGAUUCUGAACAUUCUAGCAUAGUUUUGAUUCCUGUACUUUAUAUACUUGUGGACAAAAUAAAUAAUUGUUUGUGGUAUAUUUAUAUUGGUAUAAAAAUUAAACCAAGAAGGCCUGAAAUAAUCACGGCAAAUGUUUUAAGUACUUUUUCUUCCUCUGUUUUAGUCCCAUGUCCUGUGUUUAACAUGGGCACUUUCUUUUAGUCAAGGAGUGCUGUUUCAGCUCUGUCUGUUCAUGAUGGCUUUAUGCAAGCCAGGUAUUUAUAGCAGCUGUUGUAAGACCAGCUUUGUUUGUAUCUUCUAUACUGGUUAAAUGUAGUGUUUUUAGUGGCGGAAGCUGUUCUCGGAUCAGUCGCUUAUGAGCCGGGCUCUGGACAUGUGACGUUUCAGUGUGGCAUGCAGCCGACUUGCAAGUGGCCCAGUUUGCCCUGCAUGACUUGAUAUAAACCAUUGUAGUGUCACUGGUGUUUUUCCUUUUUUGGAGACUAAAUUCUACCAGCUGCACUUUGAUAUAUUUGUCAAAUUAUUUUAAAGGCUGUACUUUGUUCUAACAUUCCUGGAAAUAUGGCACUGAAUUACUUCUUUUGCCCAACAAAGCAAAUGUACAAUGACUUUCUUUUGCCUUUUUUUAUUGAGACUCAUAUUGUUCUUUUAUGUGUGGAAAUGUGUGCUGCUGUGGAGGUGACGGGCUGGUUUACACUUUAAAAUGUUAUAUUUUGAUUAUUUGUGCAAUGUUGAAUACAAAACGGUUUAAUUCAAAACUAGGAGGUUGCAUGUUUUUUUUUAACCAAAAGAAGGAAAUGUAUCACUGAUUUUUCAUUUGUUUAUUUUUUAAACAAAUAUUUUUGUAUUAAAGGAUUUAACUGGAAAGGGUCA